AUGGACGAGUUGACGUCAUCGUCUUCGUUGAAUUCAGAAUGUCCGUUCCACGAGCGCGAACGAACGCCCAUCAUCGGCAUCAUUACGCGUGUGAAUCUGGUGCACGAGUGCAACGUGCAACUGGCGUUGUUUCGCAACGCGACGCAGGGUAUAGGAACGAGUCACGACGGUGCAUCUCUAAGAAGAGAAGUCGAAACUGCUGGCCGGGCAUGUCUAAAAGCAUGUGAAGCCGCGAAGAAUUGCGUUUUACCGCAAUUACGGCACGAAGUUAUGGAGUCAUGGGCGUUAGAGUGCUACAACAAGAUUGCUAAUAUGGAAGCAAUGUUGGUGACGUUGGAAAACCUGAUCACCGUCCAUUUCUCCACAAGCGAAUCGUCUCCCACCGACAAGGUAACUCCACGGCGGCGACGAGCGACUUCGUGUCGACCGCAAUCUCAAGACGAGCUACGCCUGACCACUGCCCCUCCUUCGUACGAUAUUUGUGUGCCGUUCGUCCGCUGCGCGUCCGCUCGCUUACUUGUUAACAUAUCGAUCAUGCGCUUGCGCCACGGGCGGCACCAUUGUAUGUGUUUUAUGGAUUGCGGUUAUUCAGCUCAACACAUCGCUAGCAUCUUUUGUCUCCCCGGUUCAGCACAUCCCGCUCGCCCGCCCAAUCGCCGACGCCGCCCUGCCGUACCUACUGACUUCAUGUGUCACACUCGCCUACACGGAACUAUACGCACUUUGCGCUUCACCGUAAUCCGCCGUGGGUCCUGCAGCGCGCUUCCAUGUGUGGCUACUACGGUCGCUCCGUUUUUCCAGUGUGUGCAUUUCUGUGGUUUGUUGGUGGUAGUUACAUUUCUAUGUAUGUUUUCGUUAUUGUCCCUCAAUGCGUACACCUCCUUCCGCACAUCUGGGCAUCUAGCGCGAUUCUGA